GUCUGCCUGCCACGCGAUAUAUAAGUUAGGGCGACGCAGAGUGGGAGAUUAGUGUUCUCAGGACGCUGCGCCAAGAAGUGUCGAGCUCUCCGCCGCAGUAGCCUGCCGAGGAAGGAACCCUGAAGACUGUGCAGCGUGGCGGGUAUGCCAGCAUCAUGGUGAAAAUCGAAGGUGUGCUGCCCACUUGCGUCCUGCACCCAGCUAUGGCUCGUACUCCGCUCAAGUCCUCGUUCAGCAUCAGCUCCAUCCUGCCCGAAACGGCGAGCCGCCCGCCAAGUCCGCCCGAGAGUGCCGGGGCCGCCUCGCUGGCCGCCUCCGAGUCCGACUCGGAACUGGACGUGACCGGAAGCGACUCGCCGCCACCAAAGUCGGUGUCCAGUCCGGGUGAAGACGGCGCCGACGCCAAGGAAGGCUCCAAAGAAAGCAAGAAAAACGAAAAACCGCCCUAUAGUUACAACGCCCUGAUCAUGAUGGCCAUUCGGCAGUCGCCGGAAAAAAGACUCACCCUGAACGGCAUCUACGAGUUCAUCAUGAAGAACUUCCCGUACUACCGUGAUAACAAGCAGGGCUGGCAGAACUCGAUUCGCCACAACCUGAGUCUCAACAAGUGCUUUGUCAAAGUGCCCCGACACUACGAUGACCCUGGCAAGGGUAACUACUGGAUGUUGGACCCCUCGAGCGAGGACGUUUUCAUCGGGGGCACCACUGGAAAGCUGAGGAGGCGCUCAACGGCCGCCUCCAGGAGUCGACUGGCCGCCUUCAAGCGAACCGUUGGCCUCUACCCAGGCCCCUACGCCCCUGCGUGGGCAGGUCUUUCGCCCCUGGGCCAACUCUACUGCAAUCCUAUGUACAGAUAUCAGCAUGUAGCAGCAGCCGCCGCAGCCAUGUACCCUUAUCCUGGUCUCAUCCCGCCGAGCGGCCUCCCCAAGCCCACGCCGACCCACCAGCAUCAGCAAACCCACGCCUUCUCGAUGGACCGGCUCCUCGGGGCCACUGCCCCCGUGGCGCCCCCCGAGCAGUACCUGCAGCGUCUGCAGGCGCCGCUCUUCGGAGGUCCUGCCGCCUCACCCUUUGAACUCUACACCACCCUCCGCAGUUUGGCGCCGUCGGUGGCCAUGCUGCCGCGGCCGCGGCUCAGUCCCCCGACGGCCAUGGACGGCUGCACCACGCCGACCCCCAGUCAAGGCUCUCCGCGGCCCUCAACCCCCGGAUCGCCCCCCGUCCCUCCGCCGCAGAGUUUCAAACCCGUGAGUCUUGUGGCCAGGCCAAGUUGAUGCGAUUGACUGACUUAUCAUGCCAAUUAACAUUUAAUUGAUGAUUACGACGCGCUAGUGACUUUCUCUCUGUUGAUGCCAAAUAUUAAGCAUAUAUAUAAACGAAAAUUGAUUCAUUAAAUUUAAUUGGAGGCGCAACACCCGUUUUGUUCUGAUGCUCGCGAAGGACAUUUUAAUUUGAUGCAACGCGCGACAUGGAUUAUCGAGGGUGUUUUGUGCAGCCACAAUAUAUGCGACGAGACGUGUAAAAUAUUAUUGCUAUACUGUGUAAUCAAAUGCCACUAAAAUGAUCUUGGAUUUUUAUGUAAUGUGCAUAAAAUGAUUA